CGGUUCGCGCGAGCUAUUCCGUCGAUUCCCUUGUCCGUGCCGUGCGGUGUGAUCUGUCCUUGCGUGUUGUGUGCUCCGGAAGUUUCGCCGGAGGAGUUUUAUUGUCCUUUUUUUCUUUUUGUUCCGUGGUGCGCGCAGGUUGACCCGUCUCCCCGCGUUCCCACCGCCCGAAAAUCCGUCAAAAUAAAGCCCCAGGUGGUCGAAGUCCAACUGGGCUUGCCUCAGCAGGAUCCGGAACAGCUGCAGGCGCCGGGGGACGUGGACGACCGUAGAACGGACCGCGAGGAAAGUGCGCCGUCCUCCCCGGAGACUUCGUCCUCGUCUGCUUCCGGGGGCGUUCCGCCACCGCUGGUCGACCACGUUCGGUCCCAGCAGCAGCAACCGGAUCAGCAGGGUUGCGCCUCGUCGUCGUACAAUCAUCAGCAGGAAGUCGACGUGGCCACCGGGGAAGGCUGCGGCGAGGAAGAGGAGGAGGAGGAGGGACCGCUAGAGAACGAGCAGGAAGUGCUUUCGAAGGGACAAGUUCCGGAGGACGAGGUUCUGGUGAUCAUAGCGGAAGAGGCGCCUUCGUUCAAGGUCACCUUCGAGGAGGAGAAAGCGGCUUCGAACGGGGCUGGUCAGCAGCAGCAGCAGGAGGAACAGGGAGAACCGUCUUCGUCGUCGUCGUCAUCGUCGGCACAGGAGACCAGCUCGGUCAACAACAUGCCAGUCAAAGUAGAUAUCGUGCCUCCUCCGCCAAACAAUUCCAAGCAGCUCGGAGUGACCAAAUCGCUGCUUUACAAUGGGUCCAAAUUUCGGGGCUUCCAAAAGUCCAAGGGAAACUCGUACGAGGUGGAGGUCGUGCUGCAGCACGUCGACGAGGCCAACUCGUUCCUGUGCGGCUACCUCAAGAUCACCGGCCUCACGUUCGAGUUCCCGACGCUGACGACGUUCUUCGACGGCGAGAUCAUCUCGAAAAAGUACCCCUUCCUGACGCGCAAGUGGGACGCCGACGAGGACGUCGACCGGAAGCACUUUGGCAAAUUUGCAGCCUUUGUCGACUACCAGAAGAACUUCAACUCGGACGACUUCGACUACGACGAGCUGCAGAAGAGCGACUACGUGUUUAUGCGAUGGAAAGAGCACUUUUUGGUACCUGACCACAAGAUUAAGGACAUCAACGGAGCGUCAUUUGCCGGAUUCUAUUAUAUUUGCUUCCAAAAGUCGCGGGCGGUUAUGGAAGGUUACUACUACCACAGAUCCUCGGAAUGGUACCAAUCGUUAACGCUGGAGCAUGUUCCAGAGUCGUGCAUUCAGAUUUACGAGUUUAGAUAAAUCUGCUGCUUACUUAAAAAAAAUAAAAAAAACACAAGUUUUGCUUGUUGAUUAACCUACACAUAGAAUUGUGCGUUAUCAGCUAUUGUUGAAAAUGUUGAAGAAAAAAAAAACUCACAAAACAUACACGCAAAAAAAAACACUUUAAUUUAUAAUGGGACAAAUCAUUAGCGUGCGUCGCGAGCUUGGAGCAAUUUUUAUCCUCGUUUACUCUAACAAAACCAUAUGCUACAAUCUAAUAGGACAGUAAAAUGAAACCAACAAAUCUUAACUGAGUUCUCUGUAGGAGGAAACGCUAGCGUCACUUACACACAGACACAAACACAUAUUAAUACGAUGAUAAUAAUUUUAUAUUGCGCCUCGAACAUUAUGACACGUAAGCAAAAAAAAACUAGUUUCAAGCUACUCGUAGCAAGUUAUAGUCAACCUUUUCGGCGAGUCUAACGAAAUUCAAAUUUUGACGAACGAAACGAAAAGAUUACAAUUACAACCCCCUACUUAUAAUUUUGGGAGUAAUGUUAUCCAAUAAACGAUAUAAACAGCCCGCAUAAAUAAAAGUUCUUGGAAGAAAAUCCAAUCUAAAUGCCAUUUCGCCACACGGUCCCAACACCAAUUCGCGUGUGAAUUAUUUAAAACUUAUGUCCCAACUCAAGUUAAAAAAAAGCAAACCGACGAAACGAAUAAGAGUGAAAAACCACAAAGUAGGAAUAGCAUGUUCCCCCUUAAAAAAAAACUAAUAUUUCAAAAAAAAAACAAAAUUAAACACCCUCUUUGAUGUUGUACGUGCGAGGGCGCAACUCGCUAGACUAAAGUUACGAGUUGGGUGGGCCGAACAGAGCAGGGAGACCUGCGUAUAGGGUAUUUUGUAAGCGAGCGAGCGAACGCGCAACACGCGUUCUUGGAGGAGAAUAUUUUUUUUCGAGAUGCUGUAAUGAUAUUACUAGACACGUAUUGUAAUAACACUGUACUACUCUCUCUCUCUCUCUGUCACACAUCGCGCCCCCUUGUCUCUGUCGAAAGCAAAACUUGGGUCAUGAAUCGUAUGAAUUAUAUAUAUACAUACUUAUAUUUUCAAUAAAAAGCGGGAUCGCGACAAAAGAAACGCGAGUCAACG